CUGGAGUCACAGUCUGAAUGAUGCCACUUGUUUUUUAAUUCAAUAUUUGGCGAUGUAGUAGUAUAUUCGCAUUUUACGCCAGCAUUUCAUGUAAAACGAAAGUGAAAGAAAAGUCCCAAGUGAAAUUGGCGAGCAGCCGUCGGCGCCCCUCAGUCGACCCCAAGCGGCGGAGGGACGAGGACCUCUCCGUUCCCGAGCCAGAUAGCCCUGAACACCACGAAGAUGCAGUGCUCUAGCUGUGGCUACGUUUGUGUGGAGAACGCAAAGUUCUGCAGUGAGUGUGGCACCAAGUUGUCGGUCCAGUCCGCCAACAGCCAAGGUAGUCAACCGAAGUCCUUGGUACCAGAUUUGACAGACUCUACUGCUACAACACAGAACCCCAUUAUUUCCGCAGAUGACAAAGAUUGUAACAAAAACUUGAAAAAAACAACCGCACAGGAGAAAAACACAGCCGAUAAUUCCUCACGAGAGAACCAGUCAGGUUCCUCCGGCGAUACCAACAAUAAUGCUGCACGGAUUCAGUCUGAAGUCACACCAGAAGAUGACAAUGACAACAAUGCACAAAAAUCAGUUCGAGAUUCGACAGUUGAGCACUCCAUCUCCAAGGAUAGCGCAGGUCUGAACGUUAACUCAGCCACAGGCACGGCGUCCGAGGCUGGCAACAGCAAGUCUAAAAAGUCCAAAAGGGGCAAGUCGAAGAGUGAGGAUGCACAAGCCACAAGUGAGCAGCCUCCAUGGGACCAGAAUGCCAAUGUGGAUCAUGACAAGGAACAGAAGCAGUCUGGCACUGCAGACCAAGCAAGAACCUUUUGGUCUCAAAAGCCGUCUGAGGUGCUCGCUCCGGAUCCAGGCUCCAGUGUGGACCCGCGUGCAGUCGAAGACAUGGAGACCCAACAGUCUGAUGCAGACUAUCACGCACAAUACGAUACUCCGCCUCAAGCAACAUCCAUGAGCAGGAGCAGGAGCAUACCUUCCAGAAACAGGCUCACUAUUUACUUCCAUGCCAUCCUCUCAAAGGAUUUUGAAUUUAACCUGGAUGAAGAUUGCAUCUUCAUCAGAGCCGGACCUCCUCUAGCAACGUGGAACGUGAAUGCAUUGCGGCUAAUGGCGACCAGGAAUCUCAACGAACAUGGGUUUUUGGUGGAAGGUUGUCUGGAGACAAACAAAACGGAGGUUAUGUCUGUGCCAAUACCUUACAAAUAUAUCAUAUACAAGAAAGAAAAAGGAAAAUACAUGUUUGAACACAUCUACAAACAGGACUGUGAUCAGUCCAAAACCAACAGAUGCUUGUUUGUCCAACCUCGGCUGCUCAUUGAAGACGGGGACUGGCAUCAAUAUGACGACAUAGUGUGUGCGAAGCCAACAAAAAACAUCAUGGGACGCAUUAAGGAAAUGAUUUGGCCGGACCAGCGGAAAAAAUUGAUUCAAGGGCGAGAGAUUGCAGGGAAAAUAAUGAUGGACACAAUAUUUGAUCUUCUCAGGACCUGGACGAACACCAAUUUGAAAAGUUUUCUAAAACAGCUGAAUCAGUUCUUUCAGAUCUAUGCAAACCCAUGCACUCAUGAAGGAACACCUCAGAACUGGCUCUCCUUAAACUACAACGAGAAAAAUAUACGGACUUUGAUGAAGGACUUCAUGUUAAAGGAUGUGUCUCCUCGAGUAAAUGGGGAUGAAAAUGCAGCGAGUCUGUACAUUAAAGAUCCUCUUCGAGCGGCGGUGCUUGUGCUCCAGCUUUGUGGACAGUACCGUAUCACACUGGAUCCUGUCCAAAACCGCCAUCUCUGCACUGAGCUGUGUUUACCCAACCUAGACCGAGACAGCUUCCUCCAGUACUGGCAAGAUUUUGCACGGGAUGUUGCUCUUUUUCCAAGCCUCCCAAGCUCCUUGUUGUCUCUCAUCAAAACUGUGAAACAAGAUGGGAAGCCCCAUUGGAUUGUGGCAUUACCACUCUUUCACUUCCUCGAAGGCAAAGCUGCCAAGCCCUAUCAGGUGCUGACAUUUGACCACGGUCUGGAAAACCUUGGAAUGCGCGAAAUGAGCAGCGGUGCAAAGAAGGACCUGCUCAGUAUGAUAAAAAAACAUCAUCACUUGAUGAAGGUAGAUCCACUUGUAGCUCGAUCUGGUUUUUACCUGAUGUCUCUCAGUGAAAUGAAGGAUUACAGCAUCAACAUGAACAUCCAGCUUUUGGACAUUCUUCGUGUUCUCCACUUAAAGGCACCAAGGGACAUCAGCUCUUAUACCUUUCAAGAUGUAUCUGACAUUCUCUCACACAUCCGAAAUAAUCUCCUUGAGGUAAAAUACAGUUGCAUCUCCAAAGAUUAUGCCAAGUUGUGUCUGAGUGCGGUGGUAAACCUCUUUGAGAAGGUCUGCAGUGGAGUCAAGUCCUCCUCCUACAAGGAUAUUCCUCUAGCAUGCAUGAACGUGGCUGCGUCCGUGUUUGACUUUGCCAUCCCACACAUGGGACAGGUGGCCGCAGGCGACGGACAGCAGACCAAAGCAACGGCGAUCGCAAAAGCGAUUCGCAUCAUGAGAGAUUGGAUGAGUUUGCAUUUCAAGGAGAAUUUGCUGUCCAGGAGUCUUGUCCUUCGCGAGCUUGGUGCUACGGAGGGGAUGGAAGUAUGGAACCGCAUACUUAGCAUCCACUUCACUGAUAGUGAGUGUCAGGAAUUGUGGAAACAGAAAUUAUCUUUGGAUUUUGAGGGCAAGUACAGAAAGGAAAUUCCAGUGGAUCAAGUUCAGUUUUAUUGCUUGAAAAUAGAAGAACUUGAUUCUUCACUCCGACAUGUCGGGCCUACCAUUGAGAUCUGUGCGCUCGAAGCAGUUUCGUCUGUGUGCCAGAGCAAUUCGGAGGGCCAACUGUUCAAGAAUUUCAAGAUGAACAACAAGUUUGUGAAACUCGUCUCAGCCAUUGUCACGAAUUCCUGGCCAAGGGACCAACAAGGAAAUUAUGAAGAAAAAGAAGAGAUUGUCCUUCUGCACCUGCUCUCAUGGACUGCUGCCGUACAUAUUUUUCAGCUAUAUGAUACAGAAGACGGCCUCUUUGACAAACUCACCAGUGAUGCCAGAGACAGAAUCAAUUUUGCGGUGUCAACACUGACAAACAUCAAAAAUCGGUUUAUUAAGGGAAACAUUACAGUGAAGCUGCUCAGAAUCCUUUUGGCAAAUCAAGAGGCCUUCUUAGAGCUGCUGAAGAUCGAUUGUCUGUCCAAGGACGAGCAACACAGGGACACUGGAAAAAUGUCACGGCUUCUAAAGUGUAGAGAAGGUGAAGUUCACGCGGUCUACAAGCAGAAGGAGCAAGUGGACUCCCUUCUCGCAAUGAUCCGCCACCUUGACGAGAACAUGGCGGUUGACGUCCGUGACAUGGACGACAGACGCCGUGUCAACAUCGAGUUGAUGCACCUAGACCUUUUCAUGGAGGUUCACCCGUUUGACCAACUUCCCCCUCCUAUGGCCGGUGUUGUGACUUACUUCAAAAUGACUCAAGACAUCAGACAAAUGUCCGAUAUCUUGUACAAAUUCAAAGACAGCCACAUAUUCAUAUUGUGCUGGAAGGAACAAGGCAAACGCUGGGCCAGUGAAAAUGCCGUGCAUGACAAUCCCGUUGAGGAAGACGUACAGUGCAAAACACUGACACUUGAUGAGCUUCAUGCAGAGAUAUUCAAGCCUUGCGUUGACACUUACACAGAUAUUUACACACAUCUGAAGAACGGUACUAUAAAGCUCAAGCAGGUCAACCGGCUUUUCAGCAAUUACAAGUCCAAGUACGCAGAACUCGCGCGAGACUUGGACAUCAUGAGUAAGGUUGACCAGUCGACAGAUAAGCAGUGGAUCCACACCAGGGUUCAACAGAUCGAGCAAUAUCACGAGCUCCAUCUUGCCGUGACUUCAGCUGAGGUCAUUAUGGCGGUCAAGAGGACCCUCUGUCUUGAAGGAGAUUUCACCGUGCUGGAGACGUUGUUGAAAGUUAGUCAUGCAGACUUUGAAGUGGAGGAGCUAAAGUGCAUUGACAAUGAUUUGAUAGGGACCAAGAAGGAUUUGGUGGACAUCACAGAGGCUCGCAGACUUUGUUUAAAUGAGCUGACACACAGAGGCCUAUUUGUAAAAUGGGUAAAAGAUGCACUGAAAGAUCUCAAAGAAUUGAAGGUGUUUGUCGAACUGGCUUCCAUCUCUGCGGGAGAGAAUGCCAUGGAGGUGGACCGCGUGGCUUGCUUCCAUGACGCUAUUCUCGGCUACUCUCCGGUCCUGUACGAGCUUCAGCCGGACUCGGGGUUUUUGGCCCUCCAAAAAGUUUUGAACAAACUCUGGAGAGCUUUAGACAAAGACAACAACCUUCCCAAAAAAAUGCGUGACAGUGCCCGCCAUUUGGAAUGGCUGAAGACCGUGAAGGAUAGCCAUGGCUCAGUGGAGCUGUCUUCUCUGUCUCUGGCAUCAGCCAUCAACAGUAAGGGCAUCUACCGGAUUAGUGCACAGAGUGGAAAAAAGGUGAGUCUCCACACCGCUUUGAAACUUGAGAUUCUGGUGGACAAGGAAGAUGAGGAAGAGUGCGAGACGCGCUGCUAUUCUCUGGAGGAUGUGCGAGAGCUGCAGAACAAACUGAUGCUCAUGUCUGGCAAAGGCGAUCAGGGACAGAAGGAAAUGAAUUACUUCACAGAGGUCUUUGCUUGUGUUCAAAGACUAGCUGAGGCUUUCAUUGCUCUCUAUGCCGCUGGAAACCCUCUGUUCAGGCACUGGAAAGCUCAAAUCCAAUGUUGCGCUAGUGAGAAACUCAGCAUUGUUAUGGACUUCAACCUGGGGGAGAAUUUUAAUCUCAUCACCAUUGAGAAACGCCUUCCGGAGCUUUGUAUGAAAAUGGAGACCAUCCUGAACGUUUGGUCGGCUUAUUUGGACAAACAGAGAUCUCAGCAUUACUUUUUGAACUACUUCACCGCAGAACAAAUUUUCUACCUAUGCAAGAACCUGUCAGAAGAAGGCGUCAAACAUGUGGAUGAUCAAGUUCUCGUGAUGCUGUCCUUUAUAAAGCCACACUGCACGGCCUCUGAUGUAUUGGGUGUCUGGAACCAACUUCAAAAGGAAAUCCUCACCAAAUCACAAGAACAAUUUGAGGAACUCAAGUUCGACUUGUCGGAAUCAAGUAUGCAACUGGAUCCCGCGGAACAAGCAGAUGGAUUUCAAAGGUUUGAUCUGAUGUGGAAUGAUUACAUGAGAAACCCAGAGGCUGUCGUUCCCCAUAUUCUUGACAUAAAAAGUCUUGGAAGACUGCUGGAAAUACUGGUUGAGGACGAUGAUUCUGAACAGCAAAUUGAGAGAGAGUUUCCGAAAAGCAUGACGGAUGGAAAUCCAAACCUCGUGAUUUGCCCUCACUCGGCGAUCUUAACUUCUUGCAUCUCUGUUUAUAUGGUCAGCAAAGAUCAGCCGCUGCCAACUUACGACGAGGUCCUCCUGUGCAAUUCCUCCACAACUUAUGAGCAAGUGGAGCUCUUCCUCAGACGUUGUCUCAGCGCAGGUUGCAAAGGGAAGAAGAUAUACUGCCUCCUGUACGGGGACCUGCUUAUGUACGAUGUUAGCUGUAAAGUUGUGAAAUUUUUUCAGCGCUUGAACGUACAGACCUCGACAGAUUACAGGCUUGUUAUUCUCUGUAGCUCAGAAAGAGAACAAAGCUAUCUUCCUUCAGCUUUCAGUCAGUACCGGCUGCAAAUUGUUCCUCAAGCGUCACUGGAUGACAUCAGGACAUUCCUCCACCAGCAUUACGUUGUCCCAGCAGAUCAAUACAGUGCAGCAGCUGUAUUCAAAGAUCGCCUCUGCGUUGGCACGGUCUCAUCUGAAAGAGCCGGUGUUGGUAAAUCACUUUACAUCCGGAGGCUUUACAAAAAACUGAAGAACUCAGCCGAGCAACGCACAAAGAUGAGAUGUAUUCGUUUGAUUGAACCCAGCGUCGAUGAGGAUGCCAUCCUUCGGACUCUUUUGAACGGCACCAAAAAGAAAAAACUCACAGUGUUCCAUUUCGACAUUACUUCAUCAGUAAAGAAAGGCAUCCAUGAAUUUCUAUUCAAGUUGUUGAUUCUGCGUUACCUAAUGGACUCGGAGGGUAACACCUGGAAAUGCAGUGAUGAAGAUCUGUAUGCCAUAGAGUUUUUAGAAGAAACUGUCAAGCCAAGCAGAAAUGUUUCAGCGCAGACUAAUACCUCAGUCAGCUCAAUCACAGACGUGUUCCCAAGCAUUAUUUGCCGGGCACCAAAAGAGGUACUGAUGCGCUUAUCAGAGGAAGAAGAUCCUGAUGACAACCCGCUGAUGGAUGACGAAGUCUUCAAGAGUCCAGACUUCCAGCGACCAUACCAGUAUCUCAAACGAUUCCAUAACAACAUUAGUCUUGAUCGAUUCACCUAUUCGAACAAGAUCACCGAAGGGUCGCAUGCGGAAUGUCUUCAGAUGCUUCUCCUUGACUAUGGCAAUCUGGACCCAUCCUGGGCAGAACUCAGAAACUUUACUUGGUUUCUAAACUUGCAGCUGAUAGACUGCGAGACAUCUGUUUUCUGUGAUUACAAUUUAACUGGAGACAUCCUCAAUGGAUUUAAAAAAUUUGUGGUGGGUUUUAUGAUUAUCAUGGCAAGGGACUUUGCAACACCCUCGCUAAGGAUCUCUGACCAGAGCCCCGGCAGUCUACAAAUGGGCCAGGCUCUGCAAGAUAUGGACCUGGGUCCUUUUUCAUUCAGAAAGAGAUGGGAAACGGAACCACAUCCCUACAUCUUCUUUAAUGACGACCACUCUUCCAUGACCUUUAUUGGGUUUUAUCUUAAACUCAAUUCACAGAAGGAAUAUGAUGCAAUCGAUCCAAGAUCUGGAGAGAUUAUCAAGAAAAAUGUUAUGUCAAAGGCAUUGUUUGAAGGCCUGCAGCACCAGGGCGUUCCUUUUAACAUUGACUUCGAUAGCCUACCCAGAAGUGAGAAAAUACAGCGACUCUGCAAUGUUCUUGGAAUCAAAAAGCCCCUUGACCCAGAUGAAACAUAUGAGCUUACGACUGACAACAUGCUGAAGAUGCUGGCAAUUCACAUGCGCUUCAGGUGUGGCAUCCCUGUCAUCAUCAUGGGAGAGACGGGAUGUGGAAAGACAAGACUCAUUAAAUAUCUUUGUGAGUUGCGCAGGAGCGGCGUUGUUGCUGAAAACAUGAAACUGGUCAAAGUGCACGGAGGAACAUCGUCAGAAAUGAUUUACGACAAAGUUAGACAAGCAGAAGCUAUUGCUAAAAAGAACAAACAACACCACGGAUUUGGCACUGUUCUCUUCUUGGAUGAGGCCAAUACCACAGAGGACAUAAGUAGUAUCAAAGAGGUACUUUGCGACAAGACAGUCAAGGGCGUCAGUUUGAAAGCAGACACUGGACUCCAGAUCAUUGCAGCAUGUAACCCAUACCGAAAGCACACCGAUAAGAUGAUCAAAAGGCUGGAAUCUGCCGGUCUUGGGUACAGAGUCCGGGCUGAGGAAACAGAUGAAAAACUAGGCUCAGUUCCUCUCCGUCAGCUCGUCUACAGAGUUCAAGCAUUGCCCCCAAGCAUGAUCCCUUUGGUAUGGGACUUUGGCCAGUUAAAUGAUCAGACAGAGGAAAUAUAUAUUAAGCAGAUCGUAAACAGAGUGGUUGAAAGCCUAGACAUUCACCAGAUACACUUCAAAUGGAUUACUCAGGCUCUUUCUACCUCACAGAGGUACAUGCGAGGAAGGACUGAUGAGUGUAGCUUUGUCAGCCUGAGGGAUGUUGAACGUUGUCUGCAAGUUUUUUUUUGGUUUUAUGACAACCACUCUUGUUUCUUUGCAGAACUUGAGAAAUUUCACGGUGUUCAGGGGGAGCGAGAUCCUGUAAUGUGGUCUCUAAUCAUGGCCUUAAGCGUGUGCUACCAUGCUUGCCUUGAACAAAAGGUUAAAUACAGACAGUGUGUGAGCAAAAGUCUACCACCAGAGUACACUCCAGCAAAAAUAAGGGAGGAAAUCACACUUAUGCAGGAUUUACUCCUCGGUGGUGUGCCAAUGCCCGACACAAUUGCAAGAAAUGCUGCCCUCAAAGAGAAUGUUUUUAUGAUGGUUCUGUGCAUUGAGCUGAGGAUCCCUCUCUUCUUAGUGGGAAAACCUGGUACUUCAAAAUCUCUGUCGAAAACCCUGGUGGCAGAUGCAAUGCAAGGCCAGGCCGCACACUCUGACCUCUACAAGAUGUUUAAGCAGAUUCAUUUGGUGUCAUUCCAGUGUAGCCCCCACUCGACACCAGAAGGCAUCAUCAAUAUAUUCAGGCAAUGCGGACGCUUUCAGGAAGGAAAGGAUCUUGAUGAGUACAUUUCAGUCGUUGUCCUUGAUGAGAUUGGGUUGGCUGAAGACUCCCCAAAAAUGCCACUUAAAACCCUUCACCCAUUGCUGGAAGAAGGCUGCAUUGACGAUGAGCCACUGGAACAUAAAAAGGUUGGAUUCAUUGGCAUUUCCAACUGGGCAUUAGACCCCGCAAAGAUGAACAGAGGCAUAUUUGUUUCUCGGGGGGACCCUGAUAAGAAAGAGCUGAUUGAAAGCGCAGAAGGGAUAUGUUCAUCUGAUGUGAUGGUUUUGGAGAAGGUCAGGGAAUUGUUCCACUAUUUUGCAGUCGCCUACAUAAAUAUUGUCCAUAACCAAGGCAAAGGAUUUUUCGGCCUACGUGAUUAUUACAGCUUGAUUAAGAUGGUUUACACAGUGGCCAAAACGUUCCAACGGAAGCCCAACAUUCAGGAGGUCACAAAGGCCAUCUUGAGGAAUUUCAGCGGCAAAAAUGAUAUGGAUGCAAUGUCUGUUUUUAAUGAACAUUUUUGCAUCGCAUCUGACCUGGAGAUCAUCAGUCCUGUUGACUUUGUGAGAGAAAACAUUCAGACAGUUGGGCAGGAGGAAGAAUGUCGCUAUUUGCUGAUCCUUACCCGAAAUUAUGCCGCACUCCAGAUCUUGCAGCAAAUGUUUUUUUCAGAGAUUGGUCAGCCCGAAAUCAUCUUUGGAUCCAGCUUUCCAAAAGACCAGGAGUACACUCAAAUCUGCCGCAGUAUCAACAGAAUCAAGAUCUGCAUGGAGACAGGCCAAACUGUUGUGCUUCUGAAUUUACAGAACCUCUACGAAAGUCUCUAUGAUGCCCUAAACCAGUAUUAUGUCUACUUGGGAGGACAGAAGUAUGUGGACCUCGGUCUCGGAACACACCGUGUCAAGUGUAGGGUCCACAACGACUUCCGGCUAAUUGUCAUCGAAGAAAGUGAAGUGGUUUAUAAACAGUUCCCAAUCCCUCUUAUCAAUAGACUGGAAAAACACUACCUGGACAUCCACACCGUCAUGACAACUGCACAGAAGAGGAUGGUCGAGAAACUAACGGAAUGGGUCAGGCGCUUUGUUUCAGUCAGGAAUCAUGUUGACACGUUUCAGAGUUACAAGUAUAGUCCUUCAGAUGUCUUCAUUGGCUACCAUGCAGACGCCUGUGCUUCUGUGAUCCACCAAGUGAUCAAGAAGAGUAAGGAUGGGAUUGAAAUCUCUGACGAUGAGCAGCGAGUUCUUCACGAAGCUAAACUUGUACUGCUCAAGUGUGCCACACCAGAUUCAAUGGUGCGGUUGGACUACACAGACCUUCCCAGUGGGGAUACCGAAGAGCUUGCAAAGGUCUAUUUUGAAGAUCAGAACAACAGCUGCCUGGCUGACUUCAUCGUGUCCCAUACAAGACAGGAAGUUCAUAGCGUUUCCUCCUUCACAGAGGUGACAACGUUCUCCAGACUUCUCACUGCACCGGACUUAGAGCCAUUGGAGGGAAUGUUCCAAAGUGUCGAGCUUCUUUCACUCCAGCAGUUUGACAUGGAGCACUUCUUCUUGAAGGAAAUUAGAAACUUCCUCACCGCUGACAGACACCUCAUCCACGACCGACCCGACAACAAGGUCCUGAUCAUUCAGAGCGAAUUCAAAGAGGCCACUCGUAGUGCCCAUCUCAUUGCAUCUGCAAAGUAUUCAGCCAUAAAUGAAAUCACCAAGAUCACGCAAGAGGGCUUGGACUGCAGGGUGUUCGUCUACUUUAUCACCAGGCUUCCAAGGAUUCAAGGAGGAACUUGCUAUGUUGGAUUUCACGGCGACCCCUGGACUUCAGUGCAUAUAGAUGACCUCAGGCAGCCAACAGACAUCGUUACAAGCAUUAAAACUUUGCGAAACACAGCAAUUUGCCAGCUGUUUGAAACAAAGAGAAGCGAACUGCAAGCUCUGGAGUCGGGUGAGGAGAGUGAGUCAUGUGGCGCGAAUGAGGAGGAAGCAGAGACAAUAGAAGAUUACCAAGAUGACAGCACCAUCGACACGACAGCACUGUUGCGAAGCUGUGUGCAGAGUGCAGUCGGCAUGCUCAGGGAGCAGCAAGGCCGCACUGGCCGCGGCACUCAAAGACUCGAGACUCUUCUGAUGCUCCUCAGCGACAGUGACCAGCUCACAGGUGACUUCCUGCAAAUUUUGAAGAAGCGUCUUUACGUAAUUCUAGCGAGUGAAAGCAACUUUUCAGCUUCCAUGAGGGAUUGGGUCAUCAAGGUGGCCUGUAAUAUUGGUGCAUUACAAGAAGGGGGUACAUUUUGCCACUCUUUGUGGAAGCGCAUUCAGGCUGUGGUGACCCCCGUCUUGGCUCAAGUGGUUUCAGUCAUUGACGCUGACCGAAAUCUGGACAUCUUGAUUAGAGACGACUGCAGUCCCUCUUUGAAGAGGCUGUGGUUGCACAUCUUUGCCAACGAAAACUUCCUGGAAAUUCCACAGCCAUCGCUUGACUCAGAGACGAGAACAAUUCUUGUACGAAACUACUUAGCCCAAGGCAGGGACUUUACCUUCAGCAUGCCUUUCAGUGGGAGGAUCAAGGACUACUUAGAGGAGCUCUGGGUUCAUGUGCUUCAAAAUGAAGGUGAUACUCAACAAAGAUUCCUAGAACACUUUUCCAAAAUACCAUUGGGACAGUACAUAGAGAACGAAUCUGCAGAUACGCAGUACGAGUUCUUUCAGCUCUACCUACAGGAUUUCCUCCUCUUGACUAUGAAUGUCACCCGUGAAGAGGACGCGCAGCUCCUGGUUGUGGCUUUGAACAGCUGCGUCAAUGAACUGCGCUCGCAGCUCGGUUUAACGGAUGCAGUUCUGUCCCUCCCGUGGGUCCAUGCUGCCUAUCACGAGUACAAGAGCCGACUGCAGAACCUCUAUAGAAUGGUCUGCCUUGAACCGCAGGUGACUGCUGAACUCUUAAAGAGGCAUCAUUUCAGCGAGGGAGCUAAGUUGGUGCUUGACGUGCACGCCACUCUUGCUUGCCUGGAGUACCUUGAACCCAGACGCUUGGAGACGGAUGCCCAAAGACCAGCCUGGCUCAGACGGGUGAACAAGCUGAAGUUUCCAAUUGAGUUGGUGUGCUCGGAGUACGGUGUGAGACAAUAUCAAGACAAGAGCAAGACCAUUGUCGACAGCCUUCGCGAUCGCUGGAACCGGAUAUUUUCUUUGUCCUUAUUUGUGGAGCACUUUGAGACCCAACACAAGGAGAUAGCAGAUUUAACUAUGGAGCACAUGAAAGUAUUCAACAAGGCUCUCGAGAACAAUUCUGACCUUAAAAGUCUGGAGCCAUUUGAAGCGAUGAUUCGCCUGCUAAAAAGUUGCAAAGAUCAAGCUGUCCAAAGAAUUUUCAGAUUCCGUUCGGUCCCUUGGUGCUUGCUAUGUCAUGGAGACCCACAAGAUCCCAUCAGCCUGCCCUGCGAGCACAUUUUCUGUGUCUCGUGUAUCAAAAAGUGCCUGGCUCCCUGUCAGAUGUAUGUCUGUCCAGACUGUAACCAGGUCGUUCCUGACGAUAUUAACCUGGUUCCCUCUGAGGACUUGAGGGUGCGAGUUGAACAGCACGCUUUGUUCAGAAAUCAGUGCAACGCUUUCUUCAUCGACUUGGUGUCGAGUGUGUGCUUCAAGGACCACUCUCCUCCGUGCCCAGCUGUCAUUCACCACUUGCUUUCCUUUCUGAUGGUGGAAGCCAGCGCCGCUCCUAUUCUCAGGGCGGAUGAACAUAUCAGAACAAAGGUGCUCUCUCCGUUUGAUGACUCAGCGGAUAAAAACCCAGUGGUUCGAUCGGUUGUGCUCAAACUCUUGCUGAAGUACAGUUUUGACGAUGUGAAAGAUUACCUGCAGAUGCACCUGCUGUCUGUGGAGUCCUGCCAAGUUUUAGAGGAAAGGGACAAAACCAAACUCUACUGCCUCUACCUAAAGUGCCUGCAGGACUCCAUGUUUGAGAGUUUCCAGUUUAGGUCGGACUCUGACAAGCAUGCGUGCAUGCGCCGCGAAACGGACUUCCUGUUUGAGGUGCUGCAGUCGCUCAGUUUUUCGGAGGCACAGGAGGAGCUGGUCACAGUGGAGAAUCUCCAGCAGGUGGCGAGAUUGCGCAUGAACUUGGACCUAGCGGCGGACAUCAUUGCCACUGAAAUGCCACACGGAGAAAGUCCGAGUCAGAGCGGCAAGUUCUUGGAGAGUGUGAUGAAUUUGUGUUGCGGCAGUCGCAACAACUGGUAUCGCGUCUACUUGGUUCGUAAAAUAAUCAGCCAACGCGGAGUGGAUUUUGCUUCUGAACUUCUCACAAUGGAGGACAAGCACUGGCUGUUUCCCGAAGAAGUUUUGAAAAAGAUUGGGGAACCAAUCAUGGUUGACCAAUAUCUCGUGUAUGGGGAGAGAUACAGGCAAAUCAGAGAUGCAUUCGCCAAAGCAAUGUCAGAGGGCCAAAUGGACUCCCUGGAUGAGAUUUGUCAGGAGUGCACAACUUCGCCACAGAGGGCAACGCUUUACCUGCUCUUGGCACUGCACAGAGAAGUAACCACCCUCUUCAGAAACAGCAGUUUAGUUUUGGGCCAAAAUACAAAGCAAUUCAAUGCCCUGCUGAAUUUCAUCAACACUUCCCAAGUGCUUGCUGACCCAAAGGUCAAGGCAUUUGCUCAUAGCCUGGUAACCAACCAACCGGGGUCUUUGGAGGUCACUCCAGCAACGUCCGGGGACUCUUGUGCGUCCGUGGCGUUGGCCGUUCACCUGGCCGCGGUCUUGCUUUGCGCAGACCAAAGGAUUUUUGCACCUCUGCAACAUCUAGCGAUGGAACCCGCAACCAUGCAGGCUGCCUUCUUGCCUACGAUGCCACAAGACAGGUUAGCAGAGGCUCAGCAAGCGCUGGACAAUUCAGGACUGACGUGGUACACCUGUCCAAAUGGUCAUCCCUGCUUGGUCGGAGAGUGUGGCAAACCUACGGAAAAAAAGCUUUGCAUUGACUGUCAAGCCCCCAUCGGUGGGGAACGUCAUGUCCCUGUGGCGGGUUUCAAUCGUCUUGGGAGACAUGCCGAUCGCACUCAGACAGGCCACAUCCUGGGCGACCCCAGUCGAAGGGACAAUGCCGAUAUGAUGGACACCAAGCACCUGUCCCCUGUUCCUUUCACACUCCUCCGUAUGCUGACUCACUUAGCCAUGCUGAUCGGCGCCUCCGACCACUCGCAGAACAUCGCUUCAAUCAUCAACCCUCCAGUCCCUCAGCCAGGUCCAUUUCUACUGGCUCAUCUGAAAAAGGACAAGGAGCAUCUUGGGAGAUGCCUGGGCAAAGGGACAGAUGACACCGUCGGAGCUGUUCACCUGCUCAUCAGUGGCCUCCUUGAACUCCAGCACCCGCAAAGAUCCGACUCCUGGGUGCUUUCCAACAAUGUGAGGAGAAAUGAUUGGGAGAUGCAAAUGAGCCUCACCAUCACACCCAAACUGAAGCACUUGGACAACCAGUUGAAGGAAAUGAACGCAUGCAUCCAGACGGACUCUCAAAACUCCAACAAUCCAAUCUUGUGGCUGCUGAGUGACAAUCCAGCUUUCUUCAUGGUCUCCCUUCGCAACAAUCCCUGCCUCCAUAAUUCUGCGAUGUGGAGCUGCAGGGAGCAAGUGUCUCUGCUGCACCUUACCCACAUGGUGGAGCUGAACGAUGGCAAAGACACGCUGCCUGUACUGUGGAGAUUUCUCAACAAGGAAGCAGAGCUGCGACUGGUGAGGCACCUGCCUGACGUCGUCAGCCUCCAGAAAGGGCUGAUCAAGCAGUUUUUAAACGUCGCCGAAUCUUCAUGCGGCACCAUCGCCGAGUUCCUCAGCAGCCUGACAGGUUUGUCAAGAACCUGGUUCGGGAAACACAUUGACACCUUCUUGACGACCUGGAAUCAACUCCGAUCUUCUUUGGCCAUCUACGACGAAAUCAAAGUGCCCGCCGAGUUCUGCCAACGGGACCUGGGCACCGACACGGACCUAAAGGUUCUGUUGCCCCAGCGUCAUGGACCCGGUUUGUGCUCGACCGCCCUGGUCAGUUAUCUUAUCCGCCUGCACAAUGACAUGAUCAAAUGUGUGGAGAGUCACACGGGCGAGAAAACCAGCUACGAAGUUAGCCCUGUAGAUUUGACUGACCUGCACGUGAUCCACUACGAGCUGGAGAGGGAUCUGAUGCCCCUGGUCCUCGGCAACACCCAGUACAGCAUCCAGAGGGGCCAGGAGACCCUUCACGAAUACGAUUUGCCCAGGAUCCAGAAGCAGAUUGUCUCCCGCUUCAUCCUGGGAAAGCCAAUCAUCCACCUCAAUGGCAUCCCGACACUUGUGAACAGACCAGACCGCAACUAUGAUGUCAUCCUGAAGGACAUUAAAGAAAAAGUCAUCCAAGAGUCUCUGGUGACCCAGACCAUGCUGGCGGUGGCCGUGGAGCUGCACAACUUCAGCGAGGCGUGCGAGGCCCUGUCCGCUUUGGAGGUGGCCUUGGGCUUCGUGGCCAUGGAUGGGGGAGACCCUCACAUGCAGCUGUCCACCUACCUGAAGGACAAGCUGCAGAUGGGAAGCCAGAUAUCAGACUCUGUCCUCAAGGUUCUGAGUUGGUGCUGUUUGAAGCAUUGUGUGGUCCUGUGGCAGCUGCUGACAGCUCUGAAAUCAGAAAUGAUGCUGAAGCUUAACGGGGAUCCUUUUGAAAAAGUCUGUGAGGAGUACAAGCAGCCCCUGGGCGAUGAAGAGCGCCACCUGUUGACGACUUUCUGCUCCGGCUGCAGCGUGGACACGCUCGUGCUGGAGCUGCACGAGUUGCUGGUGUUGGAGUUUAAGAAUCCCUCGGCACCAGAUGAGCUCAAACCCGAAUGGAGCCUGAUUUGGAAACUGGACCCUUCCGGGGAGGACAAGUACCCCGACUUCCCGCCUGCCAUCACCCUUUCUCACUGUGUGGAAACCUGGAAGUUUAUCAACGGCAUCAGGCAAGAUCGUAUUCGAAGGCAAACUGGAUAACGGGGGAGCCUUUUGUGCCAUUUAAAAAAAAAAAAAAAAAAAAAAAUCCAAUAUUGCCUUGUUGUUAUCAGCGGUAACCUUCAACAAAGUCCCCCCCCCAAAAAAUAAAUCUCCUGCACCAUACAUGGAGAAAAUGACUGGAAGGAUGACUCCAUUGGUUCCCCCGUAGGGAACAAGUACUGCACUGCUUAAUAUAUCCAUACUAAUACUUUGCUUACAUGCUUUCAUGUCUCGUUAUUGCCUUCAGGGAACAUAAUCAGUUAUUAUACGAAUAAAACUUUUCAAUAUUCA